AUAAGGUUUCAGGGAGCCGCCGAUGCCUCGUACCUUUCUGAUCACCUCCCGGUGAUCUUAUUCCCCUUUCCUUUUCCUACCUCCCUGGUCCGGUCACCGCCGGUGAGCUUAGGCCUACCGGAUCUCCGCCUCCUCUUCCCUCUCUCCCGCAAAAUUAGGGUUUCGAUUCCCCUUCACUAUUCUUCGAUUCCUCCAACUUUGCUUUUCGAUCCUUCACCGAUUCACAGGGUGGCUCUGAAUUCGAUGUUCAUGGAGGGUGCGAGAGCGGAAGGCGAUGAGCUUAUAGCAGAUUAUGUUGAGUGUCUCAUGUCAUUAGAUACCAAUACUCGCCCGGGAGAGACUGAUCAACAAGUUAUCGGAAACUCAGGCCAAGAAUCAACUAGUAUUUCUGCUCAAACAAUUGAACAUACCGAAGCAAAAGAUCUUGUCACUGCCAUUGUAGGAGAUGUUAAGCAAGAACCAUACUUGGGCAUGGAGUUUGACUCUGAUGAGGCUGCGAAGACAUUUUACAAUGACUAUGCAAGACGUUUGGGGUUUCCAUUCCGUGUUGGAAGGUCACGGCGAUCAAAAGGUGUCCAAGAGGUUCUGAUUAUGAAAAGAUUCGUGUGCUCAAAAGAAGGUGUGUAUCGAAAGAAGCCAACCAAUGAAGGCACAAGGAAGCGUGAGCGGAUAUCGAUGAGGGAAGGUUGCAAGGCAAUGAUGGAGGUCAUUCGAGAUUCUAACCGAUGGGUUGUUACAAAGCUUGAGAAGGCGCAUAACCAUCACCUUGGGACUUGUAGUAGAGUAGGUUACCUUCGUGCAAGGGGUUUCAUCGACACUGCUGAGAAGAUUAGCAUAGUGGCAUCUGAUGCAAUGUCACUACUCCGGCAGAAUGCCUUCGGGGAAGGAGGAGAUGCUCAGGGCCUUCUGGAUUAUUUUAAGAAAAUGCAAGCACAGAGUUCGGCAUUCUUUUAUGCUAUACAAGUUGACAAUAAUAGCUGUCUAACCAAUGCUUUUUGGGCUGACUCCAGGGCAAGAAGUGCAUACAGCUACUUUGGUGACACCGUCACGUUUGAUACAACAUAUAAAAAGAAUAAGUACAUGAUGCCCUUUGUUACAUUCUCAGGAGUGAACCAUCAUCUGCAGCCUGUUAUCUUUGGAUGUGCUUUACUCAUAGAUGAGACGGAAUUCUCAUUUAUCUGGUUAUUUGAAACGUGGCUUGCUGCAAUGGGUGGGCGUCCUCCUCCGGUUUCCUUGGUUACAGACCAAAAUAGAGCAAUGGCGGCAGCAAUUGCAAAAGUUUUCCCAAACACUUGUCAUAGAUUUUGCAAGUGGCUCAUUUUAAGUAGAAGUAAACAGAAGUUAGCACAUGUAUAUUCAGCACACCCUACUUUGAGAGCAGAGCUGGAGAAAUGUGUCAUUGAGUCUGAAACUGUAAGGUGUUUUGAGACUAGUUGGGUAUCAAUCCUUGAUAAGUAUGACUUGCGGAAAAACACAUGGUUGCAAGCACUGUUCAAUAUCCGUCAAAGAUGGAUUCCACUUUACAUGAAAGAUACAUUCUUCGCAGAGAUGUCUCCGACACAAAAGUUAGAAACCAUGAAUGAGUUUUACAAGAAGUAUUUCAAUACCAAAACCUCGUUGAAAGUGUUUCUAACGCAGUUUGACUUGUCCAUGGAGAAUCGAUAUGAUGAAGAACUCCAAGCUGACUCUUUCACAUUAUGUACCAAACCACUUCUGAAGACCGCAUCACCCAUAGAAAAACAAGCAGCAGAAACUUACACAAGAAUGGUCUUUGAGAAAUUUCAGGAGGAAUUCGUCGAAUCUUUAGGAUAUAGUGUUUACAAAAUCAAGGAUGGGACAAUCAGCAAGUUUACUGUCGCUAGAGAUGAAGAUGCUCUUGAAUCAUUCAUUGUCACUUACGAUACUGCUAAAGGGACAGCCAGCUGUAGCUGUAAACACUUCGAAUUUUCAGGUAUCUUGUGCAGGCAUGUUUUAGGAGUCUUCUUGAUGGUUGAUCUUCACAUGCUUCCAGAAGAAUACUUCUUGAAGCGUUGGACAAGGAAUGCCAAGAGCGAUGUGUUGCUGGAUGACUGCAGUGAUGAACUUCAGAAAAAGGGAACAUCUUCUGUGGAGAUAUAUAAGGCCGCAAAGGAUGCACUUCAAAAGGCUUUUGCUGAGAUUGCUAUUGUUGAAAAAAGUGCCGGUAAAGGGGAACAACGCGAUGCAAUCAACAUCAAUGAAGAUAUUACUGUAGAUGAAGCUAUGACAAACCAAUCCUUACAAGAUCCCGAAAGAAAGGUCACUAAUUUACUGGGGCAUUUGCUUGGCUCUACUUGGUCACCAAUGUGAUUUGUAAAGCAGUUAAAGACGCUCGUAUGCAAUUUCAGAAUUUCAAUUCUGGUUUUGACAACAUGGUAAGGUCAAAGUCCAGAGUGUUAUGAGGUUGGAAGAUAACCGGAGAAUCAAAAACUGAUGGCUAUUUGAGAAGUGGCUCUAGUUCCCCCUAACACAAAGAAGCUAAAUAAUUUGUUUAGCAAAAACAUUUAAUUUUGGUGGAACAUUAGCAGAAUUGAUGCAUUGAUUCAGUGAAUGACGAAUCAAGCAGAGCAUUUGAAGGUGCUUUUCUGAUCAGCUAAAAACCGAUAUCUUAUCGAAAUUGCGUGACACCGAGUAAUUAUGCACACUUGUAGAUCAUUUGAUCAGUGGCAAUCAAUCCCCCUGAAGGGAAUCUCUUGGUAGCAGAACCAUAGAAGUGAUCCCUAUUCAAUGAUGCUUCAAUUUUCAGAAAUCAUUUUGUAAGUCUUGUAGUAUAUAGCCUUAUGAGGAAAGUAGGAAAUCUUGAUAGCUGCUGAGUUUUUUUCUCAGAAUGAAUGUGAAUUCAUAUUCUCAA